AUGGUUGACGAUCAUAGUAGAGAUGAACCGCUGAACAGGUUAUCUGUGUUCUACUAUGGCAUAGGACACAUGCUUAAUGACAUAACAUCGGCAUGCUGGUUUACAUAUCUCCUGAUAUUCUUGAGCGAUAUUGGUUUAUCUCCAAGUGAUGCUGCGAUUGUUAUGCUUUCGGGUCAGGUUGCAGAUGCCUUUACUACAGUGCUUGCAGGUGAACUGAUUGACAGAUUUGGACAUUUCAAGAUAUGGCACGCUGCGGGUUGUUUUCUGGUUGCUAUUUCAUUUUCUUCUGUCUUUGGAGGUUGCUUGCCCUGCAAAAUUGUUGGUUCCAGCUCUUCAACUUUAGAGACUGUUGGAUAUAGCACAUUUGCAGCAAUAUUCAAUGUGGGGUGGGCUGCUACUCAAGUCUCGCACAUGUCAAUGGUGAAUUGUAUCACACUAAAUUCAACAAGUAGAAUAGUUUUAACUAGCUGCCGCAAUGCUUGUACAAUGGUUGCCAACCUGAGCCUGUAUGCAGUUGCAUUUUUUGUCUUCAAAGUCAAAACAAUCGGAAAUCCUCCUUGUGUUGAGAAUCAGGGAACUCCUCUUGAUGUUGAGAAUCAGUACCGUUGGAUAGCAUACAUAUCUAUUGCCAUUGGAUGCUUCUUUGUGGCCAUAUUUCAUUUUGGAACAAAAGAGCCAAGAUUGAACCAAGAUGUGGGGAGUACAACCUCUGUCAGAAUUUCAUGGACUUAUUGGUUUAAGAAAAUUCUGUACUAUCAAGUUGCUCUUGUUUAUGUGUUGACUAGACUAGUGACAAAUGUUUCUCAGGCAUUCCUAGCGUUCUACUUGAUCAAUGACUUGUUGAUGCCUCAAACCUCAAAGGCUUUGGUUCCAGCAAUCAUCUAUAUCUGCAGCUUCAUUGUCUCGGUGCUGCUACAGGAAGUUGCAUGGACAGGACAACGUGUAAAGGCAUUUUAUUCAGCUGGAGGACUUCUUUGGCUACUUUGUGGUCCAGUUAUAUUUUUCCUACCAAGAAGUCUCAACCCCUUGAUAUAUCUUCUAGCAGUAGUCAUUGGGAUAGCAAAUGCUCUUAUGAUGGUUACAGGAAUAAGCAUGCAGAGUUUCUUGGUAGGUGAAGAUGUCCAUGGCUGUGCAUUUGUUUACGGAUCCUUGAGCUUUCUGGACAAGAUAUUCUGUGGAAUAGCGUUAUGCAUUCUUGAGGCAUACCAAAAUUCAGCUUCAGAAUUGCAAUUUUGUAGCCCCGCAGAUUCUUGUUUCUCGAUCAGUAGAUAUGGAUUAGGAUUUGUUCCUGCAAUCUGUGCACUUGGUGGGGUGGUUGUUACAUGCAGUUUGAAGCUCCAAUGCCAUUCUUUAAGACAUUUGAAAGAACCCCUAUUGGCAUAG